GGUAGUCGCGGAUUGAUGACGCAAUCGAUAGCUGACGGAUAUAUAUUUUUUUGUUUCUAUUGUGUUUACUAGAAAGCUAAAAUAAUCGUAAGAAGUAGCUAAGUUUCCAGCUCUCUUUGAGUAAAAAAAAAAACAACAACAACAAAAUGGAGUUUUAUCUUCAGUAACCGCUCCAAUAAAAGCUGUCUAGAGUUUAUUGUAGAUAAUAAACAUGAAUAAAGGCUGGCUGGAGCUGGAGAGCGACCCCGGUCUCUUCACGCUGCUGGUGGAGGAUUUCGGUGUAAAGGGUGUUCAGGUGGAGGAGAUCUACGACCUGCAGAGUAAAUGCCAGAGUCCUGUGUACGGCUUCAUCUUCCUGUUUAAAUGGAUCGAGGAGCGUCGGUCCAGGAGGAAAGUGUCCACCCUGGUGGACGAGACCUCGGUCAUCGAUGAUGACAUCGUCAACGACAUGUUCUUCGCUCACCAGUUGAUUCCGAACUCGUGCGCGACUCAUGCCUUACUGAGCGUGCUCCUGAACUGCAGUGGGGUGGAGCUGGGCAGCACUCUGAGCCGCAUGAAGGCCUUCACCAAGGGGUUCAGUCCAGAGAGUAAAGGCUACGCCAUCGGGAACGCUCCAGAGUUAGCGAAGGCGCACAACAGUCACGCCAGGCCCGAGCCGCGUCACCUGCCCGAGAAGCAGAACGGAAUCAGCGCUGUGAGGACCAUGGAGGCUUUCCACUUCGUCAGCUACGUCCCCAUUAAAGACCGACUGUUCGAGCUGGACGGCCUCAAAGCCUACCCCAUUGACCACGGUCCAUGGGGGGAGGAGGAGGAGUGGACAGACAAAGCUCGGAGGGUCAUUAUGGAGAGAAUUGGCCUGGCCACUGCAGGUGAGCCGUACCAUGACAUCCGCUUCAACCUGAUGGCUGUGGUUCCUGACCGCAGGGUGAAGUACGAGUCCAGGCUGGAGGUGCUCAAACACAACCGCCAGAUUGUUCUGGAAGGACUGCAGCAGGCGAUCAGAGCGUCCCAAACAGACACAACACAUGAACGCAAGCAGCAGGACUCCUCCUCAGAGGACACGCCCCCUGCUGUCAAAAAGGAGGAGGAGUCAGAGACACAGAUAACACCUGCUCCAGCUCCGCCCACAGACUCAGCAGAUGUUGCGAGUGUUCCUGCAGUGUCCAGCUCCUCAGAGAAACCUAAAGCCACAGUGAAGCUCCCAACUUUGCCUCCAGGGGCAACCACCACCGGCCCCAACCCCAUUGUCCAGCGCCUGCCCGCCUUCCUGGACAACCACAACUACGCAAAGUCCCCCAUGCAGGAGGAGGAGGACCUGGCUGCAGGAGUGGCUCGUGCUCGUGCUCCUGGUCCCCCUCAGGCCUCGUACUCUGAUGAUGAGGAUGGCUAUGAUGAUGAAGAGGAGGACAGGUAUGGACAGAGAGACAGUCUCACAGACAUGCUGUACAUCUUCAUGCACUUCAUGAUGGGCGUUUCGUGUGUCCUGCUUAUCAGGUUCCGCAAAAAGCCAGGUGUCCGUGGACGGGGCGUGACCCGGAGCAGCGGUGGGGGCGGAGUCUCGGGUGUGGAGAGUCAGCUGGCUCUGAGCAUGCUCGCCGACAGACUCAAAAAGGAGGCACAGAGAAAGGAGCCCAUGGCAGCGACGGUCACGCCCGGCUCCUCCGCGCUGAACGUCCGCACCGAGGGACGAACCGGGGGCAUCAGCAUCACGCCCGCCUGCCAGCCCUCGCCCACGCCCAGCAACGAGAGCACGGACACGGCCUCCGAGAUCGGCAGUGCCUUUAACUCACCGCUGAGAUCUCCUGCUCGCUCGCAGGCUGCCACUCGACCCUCCAGCCCCGUGGCCUGCCACCUGAGCCGCGUGCUGUAUGGAGACGAUGACGUCCUGCUGAGACUGGACACUCGACACAACCGCGCCGUCCGAGAGCUCGGAGCCAUGAUCAGCUCCACACAGCUACAGCUCAGAGAGGAUGGAACCAUUUACACACUGCCAAGUACCGAGGCAGCGUGUGACGUGGUGAAGAAGGCCGGCGUGGUGGAUGGUCAGGAGGCGAGCGAGAGCACACGGGGAGGAGGUGCGGGUGGAGAGGCGGACGGGGGGAAAGGAGCACCAUCUCGGGAGCUGAAGCAGGAAAAGGAGACAGCGGAGACGAGCAAGGACAAGCCGAGCGCAGAGACGGCAAACUUCGCUGAGCCCGAGGCUCUCACCAAACCUCUCGGGGAGAAAUACACUCCGAAAGAGUUGUUGGCUCUGCUGAAGUGUGUGGAGGCUGACAUCGCCAACUACGAGGUGUAUCUGAAGGAGGAGGUGGACAAACGGAAGAAAUACAAGAUUGAUGACCAGAGGAGGACCCAUAACUAUGACGAGUUCAUCUGCACCUUCAUUUCCAUGCUGGCACAAGAAGGUAUGCUGGCGAGUCUGGUAGAGCAGAACAUUUCCGUGCGCAGGCGGCAGGGUGUGAGCAUCGGCCGCCUCCACAAACAGCGCAAGCCGGACCGGAGAAAGCGAUCUCGACCAUACAAAGCCAAGCGACAGUGAACACACCCCGACUCUGGAGCACCACCGGCGCUGGUCAACUCUCUGAGAAAGGUGCUGACUAACUCUCUAACUUGUACAGUCAAGGUCUAGUGAACAACUGAGUACAGCUAGGACCUCUGAACACAGCCUAGCUCACACACAUCUGUUCUUAUGAGGAAAAAAAGAGCUAGUCAGAUUACUUCUGAAGACUAGCGCUAGUAGAACGACUGGCACUAGUGAAAUUUACUUAAAUACUGAUCAACAUGCUCAUGUGUGACACGUGUGCACAAGAUGAGUACUAACGAACAUCCUGUGACAUGUAAAGAGUGUGUGAGACGUUGUGUACAUAAACAGACGAGUGCUAGUGAACAUGCUUGAGUUUCUAAAACACUGGUACUGAUGACUGAACACGCUGAGACUUAUAAAACCCAGUACUCAUACCAGUGAACACACAUGUACAUCCCUUGCUAUUGUGAACAAGUGAAUACACCCCCACA